AUCGCUAACCCUUUUUUGCUCCCGAUUCCCUCUUCUGUAUUUCUUUUUGUUUUCUUCAUCCACGCCUAUAUCUUAUACGCCGGCUAUAUAUUGUGCUUUGAUUGCCCUCCGUCGUUAUGCGCGACGACCAUCACGCACGAUCCCCAGACCGGGGCAGAGACCGAGACCGAGAACGCCAGCGCGACGCUCGCUACUCUCGAUCAAGAGACUUCCAGCACCGGCCGGACGACGACUACCAACAAUCGCGGCAGGGACACACCUUGGCAGAUGAAUUGAGCUUGACGGCUAACUUGCCCACGGGUCAACGAGGCUAUUCACAGUCUCCAUCCAGGGACGACGACAUGCACGACAGCGCGUGGGACCGGCGCGGCCAUCGCCCCGGGCCGCAUUCACAGCAUCCCUACAAUGCAGAUCGCGCUGGGGACUACCGAGACGCUCAUGAUACGCGCCCAAGGCGAGACCUGAGCCCUCAUGACUGGAGCCGUGACAACCAGGGCAGAAUGUAUAGCGAUGACUAUCACCGUGGACGCCAUGAGCAAGCCGGGGGCAAAGAUUAUGCUUCCCCCUCCUAUCGCGACAGGCGACCUUACAACUCCCGAUCACCGCACAGGGAUUACUACAGCAGAAGUCGCUCUCGCAGUCCUGGCUUUGGCUUAGACGGCGGUCGAUUAAGAGAAGCUGGCCCACCUAGCGAUACCGUUAUCUUUGAAGGGCUGCCUGGCAAGAUUGAUGCAGCAGAGCUACGAGAGAGCAUUGUCCAGAGCUGCAUCUCGGACGACUUCCCCUUGGUCGAUGUCCGGAUAACUCAUGCCAAAGGCAAACGCAGGGCUUUCAUUCAGUUUGAGGAUGUUGAACAUGCAGCCGCCUUUAUCAAUGAAAACUUCCCAAAAGUCCGCAUCACUCUGCCUCACACAACUGAUGAUGCUCCAGAUGGCAAGAUUAGUGCCUAUAUCCACUUUGCUCAUCGCAGAGAUGACACAGAAGCGCGUGUUUCCGGCGGUGGCCAAUGGGUCUGCCAACCUUGCGGAUUCAGCAACUAUUCCUCCCGCACCAAGUGCAAGCGAUGCGGCGCGUUACCAUCCUCCUCAGCAAUGCAAUUAAGUUUGAAUCCAGCGGCUGAUGCGGGCGAUGCACCUACGCAGAUCCUGGUAGUAUAUCCCCUGCCUGUGUUCGUUAAUGAGGACAUGUUUGCUGCGGAUAUGAAGCGACUCGAGCUUGAAAAGCCUGACGCAGCCAGUCAGAAGCUGGCAUCAGGCUCAAAGCUGCAGUCGACUGCUCCAGCUGAUCGCGCAGCUCGGACCGGUGCACGCCCAGGAUCGCUCCACCGCGUAUUCUUGAUGCGCGAUCCUAUUACUGAGGAGUCGGCCAAAUAUGGCUUUGCUGAGUUCUGGACUCUGCAAGACGCCGUUGACGCCAUGGCUAAAAUCAAGCUGCUGCCAUCCUUUACUGUCUCGGCUUGUGCCGUUACCGUAUCUCAUAUUCACAUGGGAGUAUUUGUUCCUGAAGAUCGUCAGGUUACGCCUGACAUGGAACGAUUCUCCUUCAAUCCUUUAUUCAACACUGCUCUGCGUGUUCGAUACCGCGAUCUGCGAGCAUAUCCCAGCCAGAAGGUUAUUGCGACAGAGUCUCCUGACAAUCCCACGGGAAACGGAGAGCCUAAAGGCGGCGAGCAAGACAAUAGCAAAAAGAUUAAGAAGAGAAAAGCUGACGAUCCUCUGGGCGCUACCCUUAAAAGAUCAGCCCCAGCUAUGGCUGGCCACAUGGCCAUGUGGCAGAAGAAGCAUGAAGAGAUUCAUGUAAAUGAACCUGGUGGCACAGCAGCAGCAAAACAGCCUCCACUGCCUCCGAAGAACUCCAAGGCAGCACCUAUCAAGUUUUCAAUUACUGGAACAUCGAUGCAGGCUACUGAUCCUCCACCGCCUUCAUUACCGCCUCCAGCACCUCCUGCGGAUGCAGCACCUCCACCUCCACCUCCAUCAAGCGAACAGAAGGAUGACAAUAUCUCUCCGAGCAAGUCUGAUGCGGGAAUCAAAGCUGAGAAGCCAAUUACCCCAUAUGGGGACCGAGACAAGCUUCAAUGUCUUCUUUGCAUGCGUAAAUUCAAGUCAUUGGACGAAUUAGGUCGCCAUGAAGGUUCGCAGCUACAUGCGGAAAAGCUGCAAGACGAGCAGUCUAUCAAAAACGCACUGGAGAGAUUAGCAAAACGGGGGAUCCAGCCGCAGACGCAAGCUGAAGCGGAUGAUGAUGGCAGCUCCACGGCACCAAAAUAUCGCGAUAGAGCCAAGGAACGGCGUGAGCAAUGGAAUCAGCCCAAAAAGCCCUUGCCUACCUCAAGCGAUAAAGGCGCUUCAGGACCUCCGAAGGACCAGGCCAAACCUCCAGCUCAAGAGAAAGCUCCGAUACAGUCCAAGGGUGCCGGCAUGCUUGCUAAGAUGGGUUGGACGACUGGCACUGGCCUUGGUGCCAAUGCUGAGGGACGCACCGAGAGUAUCGUAACCAACGUGUAUCGGGAGGGCGUCGGCCUCGGAGCUGAAGGCGCCAAUCUAGGCAACGCACAGGCGUAUGGAGAGAGCAGGACACUCAAUAAUCGGCAAGAUUAUAUGAAUGCAGUGAACGACCUGGCGAGAGAGCGGUUUUUUAACGAGUUUGGUGGAAAGAAGGAUGAGAAGAAUGGCGAGCAGAAGGACGAGUAGAAAGAUUGGGGGAGACAGUUGGAAAGAGGUCGUGAAGCAACAAUAGGCAUGAGGUAUUGGAGAUUGAAGCUGAGUGGAUAUGCUUCUACAUACAUAUAAUGGCGUUUGUUUGAAAAUACAAGUGAUAUUCGAUAGCUUUAGUUAAUAGCUAUUUCUUUACCAGAGAUUUUUUC